AUGAGCACCCCUGCUUUCAAGUGGAACAAAUAUCUCGCCACUGUCAACACCAGGGACCUCGCUGUUUUGUUGCUCGAGUUUGACCCGUCCUACACUGAGACCAUCAAGUUCAUACACACAAACUGCGACGAGCUCAUCCACAAGGGAACCUUUGAGGGGUGCGUGCCAAGCAAGCUCAAGAAGCUCAGCUUGAAGGUGUGCAAGCUCUCGAUAGACUCGCCCAUAGCGGCUGCGACAAGCUUGACUUUGCUCACUCUGCAAAAGUGCACAGUAGACUGCACCAUGUCCAUUCUCCUGCGUGCGGUCGCACUCCUGACCAACCUAGUCAGGUUAGACCUGGACACCCACACCUAG